ACAUCUAUAUUUCGGCGCCCGGUUCAACCUCAGUGAGCAUCCACAGUUGGUGUCUAUUUUAUUUUCGCUGACCGACGCUCCUUCUCCAGGGAUGGAGUAUGGAAAAGAGAGAGUGGUGGCGUUGGUGGACAUGGACUGUUUUUACGUCCAGGUGGAGCAGAGGCUGAAUCCAGCUCUGAGGAACACUGCCUGUGUGGUGGCCCAGUACAAGACGUGGAAAGGAGGCAGUAUCAUAGCUGUGAGCUAUGAGGCCAGGGCCCAUGGUGUCACCAGGAACAUGUGGGUGGACGAUGCAAAGAAACUGUGCCCAGACCUCCAGGUGGCACGAGUGCGUGAGUCUCAUGGCAAGGCAGAUCUAACACAUUACAGGGAGGCAAGUGUGGAGGUGAUUGAGGUGAUGUCUCGCUUUGCUGUGAUCGAAAGAGCCAGCAUUGAUGAAGCCUACAUGGACCUGACUGCUGCAGUCCAGCAGCGGCUGAAAACCAUGACGGACAAACAAAUAGAGCCUCACCUGCUGAAGACAACCUACAUCCAGGGGUACCCACAAAGUUCACAGGAAGAGGAUACAUCUGCAGAGGAUGCUGUCUUGGAUAAAGAGGAGCUGAGGUCCAGAGGUCUCCAGGAGUGGCUGGCAUCCUUACCUGCCCCUCCAUCAGGGGAGCAUAGCUCUGCAGAUCUGCAGCUGACUGUGGGGGCACUCAUUGUCGAGGAAAUGAGAGCAGCCGUGGAGAAACACACAGGCUUCCGCUGUUCAGCAGGGAUAUCACACAAUAAGGUACUAGCCAAGCUAGCUUGUGGACUGAACAAACCUAACCGGCAAACUGUUCUGCCUCUGGACUCUGUAACAGAACUUUUCAACUCUCUACCCAUCAGCAAGAUCCGUAACCUGGGGGGUAAGCUGGGUGCCUCCAUCACUGAAACUCUGGGAAUUGAGAACAUGGGAGAUCUGACUCGCUUCUCUCAGGCCCAACUGGGACAGCACUUUGGAGAAAAAACAGGCCAAUGGUUGUAUGACUUGUGUCGGGGGAUUGAGUUUGAAGCAGUAAAACCCAGACAGCUACCUAAGUCCAUCGGCUGCAGUAAAAACUUCCCUGGGAAGACAUCACUGGCUACAAAAGAGCAGGUACAGUACUGGCUUCAUCAACUUGCUCUUGAGUUGGAGGAGAGGCUGACCAAGGACAGAGAAGUGAAUGGUCGAGUGGCUAAAUUGUUGACAGUUGGUGUACGUCAGCUUGGGGAUAAGAGGCCGAGCAGCUUUUCUCGCUGUUGUGCUUUAGUGCGCUAUGAAGCGACCAAAAUAUCCAGUGACAGUUUUGCCAUCAUCAAGAGUCUCAGCACAGCAGGAAGCCACCAGGCUACAUGGACUCCACCCCUCACCCUGCUACACCUCUCAGCCAGCAAAUUCAGUGAUGCUCCAUCAGCAGGAGGGAUAGCUGGUUUCCUUUCCAGUGAUGUCACUUCAACCCAGAGCCUUUUCUCAACCACUCAGUCCACCACACAGCCACUCUCUGAACUGAAAAAUAACUCAACAUGCAAACAACCUGGCACUAUUCAGUCCUUCUUUCAAAAGGCAUCUGAGAAACAAAGACAGAAAGCAACAAAAGAAGAUGAGGAGGAGGAUGAAGAUAGAAGAUCCACAGGAAUUCUCCCAUGUUCAGCCAUCACUUUCAAACCCUCUGCAACUGGUAGUCAAGAAGAGUCAGGUAUCAAUAGCCCUCUUUCUUCCUUACCACCUUCCCCUCAUUGUAAGAAUGGUUCAUCCAGCCCCCAUCCUGGCAUUUCCUCUUUCUUCCACAAGAAGAGUCUUGAGAGAAGCUCCCACGCCUCAGCAUCAACGACAUCAACUGCAACAGUCAAUGAAAAAGAAGACUCGGAAGACACUGUUGCUCUUGGGUCAGGCCUGCAGGAUAAACAUAGCUCAGAGUUUACAUGUCACCAGUCACCAUGUGAAGAGUUAAAGGAUGAACUGGACAUUAAUGCAGAGGAAAAUCGCAAUCGUCCUAGUGUGUCCAGAGAAGACCUCUUAAAGUGUCAACGCUGUGGCCAGGAGGUGUUGGUCUGGGAAAUGCCUGAACACAAUGAUUAUCACUUUGCCCUGGACCUCCAGAAUUCACUCUCUUCCUCUACGAGUUCAGCAGCUCUUUCUACCUCCUCCCCCACUGCCUCCUCUUCUUCCUCUGCAUCUCCUCUCAGAGUGGGAGUAGCAGGCACAGCCCAGUCCUCCAGGGGCAAGACAAAAACCAGAGGCCAGUCAGGACCCCAGCCGAAAAGACACUGCUCUCAAGGUGGCAGUACGGGCACUCUGGAUUCUUUUUUCAAGAGGAAAUGAAAAUGUGACUAAUAGCAUUUUUAAAUUAAAUAAAAUACAAAUUUCAGGUAGUGUGUGUGUGUAUAUAACACAAAUGUGUAAAGACAAUGUGAUUUGCUCUUGUAUUUACUCAAAGAAUGGGAAGCCAUAUUGUUACAGGUCACACUAGGACUUGCUUUAAAUGAUUGAGGUUAGUGAGCUUUAUAUUGUAAGAAUGUUUGUGUUGUAUAUGCUUUUUAUUUAAAGAUGUUUUUUAUAUUGUGUAGUAGUGUCUAUUAUCUUGUAGUAUUCUGACAUGCCAGCAGAUGCCACUAGUCAGUUGAUUAUAAAGCAGAAGUCCACACUCAAAUGUCAGCAUGAAGUUUUCUAGUGAACUCAAGAGAUACAGAAAAUGGUUUGUAAGACAAGAGGGUAUAUAUUUGAAAUACUGUUAAAUGCAAAUGGAAAGUUUGUGGUCUCAGGGAUUAAAACAAAAAUGUUUGGUAAAAUUUCUUCAUUCUGUUUAGUUGUGGCAAGACACCAUAGCUAAUCAGACAUACACAGAACACCAGUCCCACUGAUGAUAAGGCCUGCAGAACUGUCUAAGAGACUGAAGUUUCUAUAAAAUUGGUACAACAUGGGACCACUAACUUCAGAAUUUAAACUACAUAGGGAAAAAUAACUUAUAAAGGGAAAUGUUUGUUCUAAGUCCUGUGACACAAAAGCAUCUGCCUGAUUGUUUUACGAUUUAAUGAUAUACAUUACAUAAAGCCAGGGGUUUGUGAGACCUUUAAUAUUAUUGUCAGUAGAAUGAGCAUUAAGGGCCGUGUCAUCCUGUUUUGUUUUCACUUCUCUACAAAGGUGAGCCGAUUUUCCUGUAGUGCAUGAGCGUUGAAAGGCAGCUGAAGGAGUAAAUUACUCUUGCGUUGCCUUGCAUCAGCUAGAGAGCAGAUAAGGAGGAGCUGUAGCAGGAAAAUGAAACUUUAUCAUGUGUUGUGAGUCAUGGCUAACUGGAUGUAUUACAUGGUUCAAAAUAUUGAGUAACUUUCUGUUUUACUUAGAAGACAACAAAAUGAAACAUCUGCCAAAGAGACAAUAAAGGUUUUAUUCAUGUACAUCAUGAUACACAAAUUGGAUCUGUACAUAAAUAUUGCAUUUCACCCAAAUAAUGAUCAAAAUUCAGUUAAAAGGAACACAGGUCUUAAUGUGAUUUCAAAAAAGUGAAGCUGCGUUGGUGUGAUUAAGAAGACUGCAACGGUGAAAAAGGUGUUUGGAUGAAUUGUAAAAUCGAGAACUUCUAGAAAUCUAUAAAAUACUUCUCAAAUGCAUUAAAACAAACUUUAACCCCUGAUAUAACUUCAUAAAUGCUAUAAAAUAUUUUGGUUGAAAUGCUUUCUAAAUUUUCCUAUCUUUGAAUGCACACAAACUGUGCACAACAAAGUGGGUGCAACAAAACAGGGCAGACAUUUCAGUUGUCCUCGGUAUCACUGAUGUAAGUGGGACAACAAUGUGUGUAUAAAUCACAUCAACAUGCAAUGAUAAAACAGAUGGUAAGGCCAACAGCCUGAAACAGAGUAGCAAUUAACAUUCAUUUUCAAAGUCGUCUUCUAGAUAUUAAAAACUGUUUCUAGUAGUAGCACCGACUUAAGUAGAUGUUCUUGUUUACUAAGUUGUAAAACUUUGGGGUAUAAUGGAAGGCUACUCAAACGGUAGCCCCAUUAGGCACUGUGUUAAACCCCUUCAAAGUUAGUGUCAUCAGUAACUUAAGUGAAGAGACGACAUCAAGUACCACAAACAAUUGCUUUUAAACAAAGCUGCAUCAGUUGGCAGCUUCACAUACUAUAUAAUGCAUAAUCAAACACAUCUCUUUGGGAGAAACCCCUCACCCCCAAGUCAGCAACAGAAACAUUCGCUGAAGUACUUCUGUGAGAGUGGAAUGCUGUCUAAUACAAUAUUGACACUGACCUGAGUAACUAAAGCACUUAAAAGAUAGGCAGCGAGAUCAUUACCAUCUCACUGCACUAUCGUGAGGCAUUAUUUGUGAGUAAAAAAAAAACAAAAAAAAAAACAGAAUU